AUGCCGCUCUGUCUCACCUUCAUCGACUUAAAGAAGGCGUUAGACUCAGUUGAGACGGAAGCGGUCGUGGAAGCCUUGGACAACCAAGGCGUCCCCAUUCAGUACAUAAAGAACAUCAUCAUUGACGUGAAGAGGGGGGUCCGACAGGGUGAUACAAUUUCACCCAAAAUAUUCACAGCCACCCUCGAGAACGCAAUGCGAAAGUUGGAAUGGGACGACAUGGGCGUGAAGGUUGAUGGUCGGCAGCUACACCAUUUGCGCUUUGCUGAUGACAUCGUACUGAUAACACCUAGCAUCAGCCAAGCGGAACGAAUGCUGACCGAAUUCGACGAAACAUGUGAAUGCAUCGGUCUUCAGCUGAAUCUACAAAAGACGAUGUUCAUGCGGAACGGAUGGGUCUCGGAUGCUCCAUACAAGAGCAUCGAGGAUGUAGUGAAGAAGGCCAGGAACACCCGGCUCCGUGCUCACCUCUUCAACAUCACCAUACUUCCUACUUUGACUUAUGCUUCAGAAACCUGGGCAUUUCGCAAGCAUGAAGAAAACGCGGUGAGCCUCAUUGAACGCGCAAUUGAGAGAGUGAUGCUAGGAGUAUCCCGUUUCACGCAAGUGAGGGACGGGAUUCGAAGUUCUCUCCUACGUCAGCGAUCGAAGAUUAGAGACGCCGCCGCGUUUACCAAGGAAAGUAAAAUAAGGUGGGCCGGACAUGUGACGCGCUUUAACGACAACCGUUGGACCAGAGCCGUGAGCGACUGGGUUCCCGCGAUAAUAAGCGCACUACAGGAAGACCGCCGACCCGAUGGUCAGAUUUCUUCACGAAGUCCUUCAAAGAAAAUUAUGAUGCUCUUAGUGUUCCACGCGAAAGUAGGAACCACUGGGCAACUCUGGCGCGCGAUCGGGACAAAUGGAAGAAUUACUGGCGCCCACUCGACCAGUUUUAAGAUCAACGGGAGUCAAGGUGAUCAAGGUGAAGGUGAUCGUCGACUAUGA